CCGCACACAUGCCCACGAAUGAUGGACUACCAUUCCAUUCACGGGCAUGACAUCUCGAGUUUUGACGCCCCCGGGGCUCGUAGGUCUAUGCGUCCUACAUAUCAUGCUGGCCAAGGUCGGCUGACUUUCUACCCAGAUCGACUUCCCACCGUGGCGGCGUCGCAGGCGCUCGAUGAACUCGAGCAUGACGCAAGACCCGGAGUCGUGACGGGCUUGGAAAGCCUUGAUCGGGCGCUUUGCGGAUCAGAGAACGCAGACUCCCCUGACAUAGCCUCCCGUGGCAGCAUCAAACGCGGCCAGGUAACGGAGAUAUGGGGUCCCCCUGGUACAGGGAAAACCGCCUUGGCCAUUCAGAUGACCGCCAACGCCAUCUGCAGCGGCCACCAUGUGGUGUGGACUGCCUCCAAAAGGUGCACAAGCAGCGAGUGGCAAGGACUAUCAAAGCCGUCCAGGCUGCUAGACAACAGGCUGGUUUGUCUGAGGUUGGUUCUGCGAUAGACUGGACCAGGUUCAAGCACUACUCGUGCUUGACGCUCCCACACCUGAUGGCUCUAGUAUCUCGUCCGACGCCUGAGAUGGUGAGCUUGGGCGUCUCUCUAGUUGUCAUCAGCUCCGCAUCUGCGUUGUUCAACUCGGCCCUACCUAGGGCCCAGGAUGUAAAAUCGGGGUUCAAAGUCGGCCAAGGCCCCUCCCCGUCGGCGAAACGACUACAGUGUCUGCGUCACGUCAUGGACGCGUUACGGAAACUAGCUGCCACCAGGAACUGCGCCGUCGUGGUGUUGUCACAGUGUGCGACCAGGAUGCAAUCGGAGCAGGGCGCUACCUUGGUCGCGGCAGUCAAUGCAACGGUGUGGGAGCAAGGCAUAUCAACCCGCAUCGUCCUCUUCAGAGACUGGGCCUGGGAGGAGAAGAAACUGCGAGGGGUCUUCUUGGCCGGUCUACAAAAGAUCGACGGCAAGGCAACCCAACUAGCCGUUGAGCACGUUUGUGCGUUUAAGGUUGAAGCUGGCGGCACGACUAGCAUCGCGUACGAUGCCGCCAGUAGAUUCCCGGCAAGAUCUGCAGAUCCGGGACGUCGUAAGAGAAAGCUGGGGCAUACGGGGCUGGAAGUGCCGGACAGCGAAGACGACGAAGACUAUGGCUGGGCCGACGAGGACGAGGAGUCGAUGCCCGCUCCACCGCCGCAAUGGCAGGGCAGUGAAGACAUCCUGCUGGGCCACGAGAUUGGCCGAGACGACGACAGCACCUGCGCGGACAGCGAGGAGGAUGAGGGGAGUGCCACGGGGUGCAAUGAUUAAGCGCCGGCGAAGCGCCGAGCUUCGCGACGCUGAGCUCCCCCGGGCUCCAUGUCGCGGAUGGGGCGCGGUCCACCAAGACUCAGCGGAAUCGCGGUGGGCUUUGCUGCGAGUCGUGCGGUCGGCGACGAAGCAAGGGGAGGGUGACGGGCAUUCCGGCCACGACAACAAGACGGAGGGACGGCGACUCGAGCGCGCCCAAGAAAAAAGAGGCAGAAGUCGCAGACAAAAUGCUGCAGAGGCUAUGCUGUACUUACUCGCGACACGGC